GGACAUCUCACCUUCCAGGACUGCUUUGUCACCUCUGGUGUGUGGAAUGUCACAGAGCUCGUCCGUGUGUCACAGACACCUGUUGCAACAGCAUCUGGCCCUAACUUCUCAUUGGCGGAUCUGGAGAGCCCAAGCUAUUACAAUAUAAACCAGGUGACACUUGGUCGGCGGUCCUUAACGUCUCCUCCAUCCAGCAGCACGACAAAGCGCCCUAAGUCUUUGGACGACAGUGAGUUAGAGAGCCCAGUGGAUGACGUCUUCUACCCGGGUACAGGCCGGUCACCUGCAGCUGGGGGCAGCCAGGCCAGCGUGUGGCCAAAUGAUGUGGACACGGGACCCGGGUCUCUUAAGAAGUCAGGCAAGCUAGAGUAUUGCCAGACCAGUUCUUCUCGCAUGGCAUUCACCCAUCAUCCCCUCCCUGUGUUGGCUGGAGUGAGACCAGGGAGCCCAAGAGCAUCUGCAUCUACUAUACACUUUCCUUCAACGUCCAUUAUUCAGCAGUCCAGCCCUUACUUCACUCACCCAACAAUACGCUACCAUCAUCACCAUCACAGCCAGGACUCCCUAAAAGAGUUUGUUCAGUUUGUCUGCUCAGACACCUCUGGACAGGGAGCAGGGCAGCCCAGCAGCGGGGCCCAGGGGAAAAUGUCGGGUUCCUUUUUGCUGCCACCCCCCGCACCCGUGGCCAGGCCUGUCCCCCUUCCCCUGCCAGACACAAAACCUGUCACCAGCAACAUUGUCCCAGAAGGAGGACUGGCAACACCAGCAUCACCCUGUAAGUGA